UACAAAAACCUCUCGUUAAAAUUGUACCCAGUCUACCCUUGCUACCUUAUCUCUAAAUGACUGCUUACGUUACGGAAUUGAGAAGUAAUGACGUCGUCUGUUAGGUAGCUUAGUCAAGAGUCAAAAUUGUAUACCUACCUCCUAUGCAUUCCUAUUACUUCACGCUUGACAAUGUCCUACUACAUUCUCGUUUUAAUGGAUGAUCCAGGCUGAAACGAUAACUUCAAAAUGCCUUCAGAAUUACUUGUCUCCUUCCUAGGCGCUAUACAGGCCUCGUUGUCAGUAUUGAUAACUAUAGGUUGCGGUGUUGCUGCAGCUCAAUUUGGAUUAAUCACGACCAGUGCUGCUGAAGAAGUAUCACACCUCUGCGUCACCGUGCUUUUGCCUUGCUUGAUGAUUGUGAAGUUGGGAUCCGAACUACAUCUGGAUACAGUAGUACACUUCGUUCCCGUUGUCAUCUGGGCUACAAUUUAUACAGUGACUUCCAUCGGAAUUGGCAUGGCAGCAGUGGCGUUUUUUCGCCUACCAAAAUGGGCAGUCCCUGCUAUAGCGUUUAAUAAUACUCAGUCGCUCCCUUUGCUGCUGCUUCAAUCGUUGGAAGCUACUGGGGUAUUAUCUUCCCUAGUCGGGUCAGGUCAAACAACUGACGCCAUCGAGCGGGCUCGAACUUACUUCCUAGUUGGUUCUGUCGUCAGCAAUACUAUUACGUUUAGCCUGGGUCCAGAAUGGAUAGUUGACAAGCAAGAAGGCAACUCGAUAGAUCCCGAAAGUCAACAACCUUCACAAGGUGGACAGGGAGAGUCGUUUGGAGAACAGCAGCUAAGGGAUGAUAACAUUGAUCAUUCACCCAGAGACUCUGAGAGUAACGAUGAGCCAAGUGAUCCUGACGAGAGAACAUCGCUUCUUCCUACCAAGGUUGUGAAUUUGGAGCACCAAAUAGGAAACGAUUUUAGUUCAUUUUUUCGGAGCCGCUUCUAUGCCUGUCCGAGGCCUGUCCAGAAGCUCCUUACGGCUAUUGGAACGUUCUUCAACCCGCCUUCUGUUGGAGCGGCCAUUGGUUUGGUGAUAGGCCUCUCACCACCCCUACAUCGACUAUUUUUUAGUGGUAUGACCGAAGGGGGUUAUUUUAACGCGUGGCUCACUGCCAGCCUGAAGAACAUCGGCGAACUGUUCGUUUCACUCCAAGUUAUUGUCGUCGGAGUAAAAUUAAGCCUUAGCUUACGACUCAUGAGGGAAGGUGAGGAUACGGAUAAACUGCCUUUGGGUACAAUUCUUUGUAUCAUAUUCAUACGAUUUGUCCUAUGGCCAGCGAUUAGCAUUCCUCUCGUCUGGGCUUUGGCGACUUACACUGACAUCCUCCCCAACGAUCCCAUACUGUGGUGGGCAUUGUCCAUGCUCCCUGCAGGUCCGACUGCUAUGAAGGUUCUCGCAUUGUCAGAUGUCAGCGGGGCGAGUCAGAGUACACGAAUGUCAAUCGCUAAAUUUCUCACACUUUCCUACGUUAUAACUCCUAUAAUAUCUUUUGCGGUUGUAGGGGCUCUCAAAGCGGCAGAGGCUGCGAAGGAGUGAAUCCUCAACGAUAUAUUCUGUACCUACCAAAGAGAUGAUGACGCAUCAAGCGGAAUAUGAAAUAAUCUAAAUAUGAACAAAACCCCUAAAUAACUAUAUAAAUCAGGCAGUAAUUAUAUAAAGUUAUUUGUUUAUUAUCACGUGGAGUUGGGACUUCAGCAAUAGGGGGUAGAUACUUCCUUCUCAUUAGUCAGCAUAUUAAAUCGAUAUUGCGAC